AUGGAUCUUGGAGUAAAGCCCGUGUCUUUCGCGACCGUGAAUGCUUUAUGGAAGUCCGGCAGCGGAAUUUCCGAUCAAUUUCCGGCGGGUCUGAGAGUUCUUGUUGUGGAUGACGACCCCACUUGCUUAAGGAUCUUGGAUAAGAUGCUGAAGAAUUGCUUGUAUGAAGUUACGACGUGCAACCGUGCAGAGAUUGCAUUGAAAUUUCUAAGGGACAAACGGAAUGUUUACGACAUUGUUAUUAGCGAUGUACACAUGCCCGACAUGGAUGGCUUUAAACUUCUUGAGCAUGUUGGCCUUGAAAUGGAUCUGCCAGUUAUCAUGAUGUCAGCUGAUGACAGCAAGAAAGUGGUGAUGAAGGGAGUGACCCAUGGUGCUUGCGACUAUCUCAUAAAGCCGGUUCGUAUGGAGGCGUUAAAGAACAUAUGGCAGCACUUGGUGCGCAAGAGGCAGCACGAGUGGAAAGAAAAGGAUCUUCUCGAGCAACAUUCAGGAAGCGUGGACGAGCAAAAGCCGCCUGAGGAUUUGGAUUAUUCCUUGUCAGUCAAUGAAGAAAAUUGGAAUACUUCCAAGAAAAGAAAAGACGAGGAAGAUGAGGCGGUAGACAAGGAGGACGCAUCGUCUUUGAAAAAACCGAGGGUUGUUUGGUCGGUCGAGCUGCAUCAGCAAUUUGUAAGUGCAGUUAAUCAACUCGGAAUAGACAAGGCUGUUCCUAAGAAGAUUCUCGAAUUAAUGAAUGUUCCUGGCCUCAGUAGAGAGAACGUUGCUAGCCAUCUUCAGAAGUACCGACUAUAUCUGAGAAGGUUAAGCGGCGGCUCCCAGCACCAUAGUGGGCUUCCGAAUCCAUUCAUGUGCCUGCCCGAUUCUACUUUCGGGCCAAUGACUCAACUGAGUGCUGUUGACCUCCAAGCCCUUGCUGCCUCUGGCCAACUUCCACCGCCCCACAGCCUCGCCACAAUCCAACAAGCAGCUGCCCUUGGCCAGGCCCAGCCCACCACCAAGAACUCUAUAACCUUACCUCUUGUCGACCAAAGAAAUAAUAUUUUCAGCUUUGAUAGCCCAAAAUCAAGAUUUGCUGACGGUCGACCUCAACAAAACAGUAAUGGCAAUCAAGUAAACUUACUGCACGGGAUCCCAACCAGCAUGCACAUCCGCCCACAUGCGGGCCCAAACAACUCCUUGUUGGUUCAAACACAACCGAGGGCCCAAAAUUAUAAUGAGGUCAGCCCUCGCGUAACUCAACCUCGUUUGCCAAUAGGGGUACCUGUUCAACCAUCCCAGGCCAUGGAUUUUCCGGGCGGUAACUAUCGGGUAGCGGUUAAUGCGAGAACAUUGGGCCCUGUUAUAAAGUCACGAGAUGAUGUCAGCGCGCAAGUCAAAGGACCGAGGGGUGCCUUUUUCGCUACCUACAACGAUGCUUUUGGGGGUCUAAAUCAGAACAGAGCUCGGGAUUUGUUUUUGCAAAAUGUCGGGCCAAAUGCACAGCAAAUCGGGGGUGGGUCUGUUAAUGGGGUGGUCUUUUCUGUGGCAGGGGGACUUGGGAACUCGGCAAACACUAGUCAGCUGGUUAGCUCGUUCGGUGAGAAUCCAUCGAGGAAUAAGGGUCAACGGACGCCAAACAUGGGCUCGAGCUUUGAGAACGGCUUUUCACAUGAGCACUCGGGCCAGGACGACCUCAUGAGCAUGCUUCCCUCAUUGCAGGAGCAAGAAGGCAUGGGAGCCAUCGAGAAUGAGUUCGACGACUUCAGUAUUUAUAAUUUGGAUAAUCUGCCGGUGUAA